UCUUCUUCAGCUUCAUCGCUUGUUUAACAUCUUCAUCCCACAACCGUCAAGAUGCAACUGUCCAACCUCUUCAAGCUCGCCUUCUUCACUGCCGCCGUCACUGCUGACACGGUCUCCUACGACACCGGCUACGACGACGGCUCUCGUUCCCUGACCGUCGUCUCGUGCUCCGACGGCCCCAACGGCCUCAUCACCCGCUACCACUGGCAGACGCAGGGCCAGAUCCCUCGCUUCCCCUACAUCGGAGGCGCCGCCGCCGUCGCGGGCUGGAACUCGGCCUCGUGCGGCACCUGCUGGAAGCUCUCGUACAGCGGCCACUCCAUCUACGUCCUGGCCGUCGACCACGCCGCCUCGGGCUUCAACAUUGCGCUCGACGCCAUGAACGCCCUGACGGGUGGCCAGGCCGUCCAGCUGGGACGCGUCGAUGCCACGGCGACCCAGGUUGCGGUCAGCAACUGCGGUCUGUAAUCUUUGAAGCCGAUACGUGUUUUACGGGCUGGCUGUUGCAUUGCAUUGUU